AUGCGGUCGAGCAGCCAGGCCGUGCUGCUGGCGGGCAUGCUACUGAGCAUUACCUGGACCAGCUCCGUGGUGUCUGCCGUUGCACGCGUUGCUUGUACAGCAAGCGGUACUUCUCAGGUCUGCCAUUGCGACGAGACGUUUGUCAACUGUGACUAUGUCAUUUGGGACACCUUUCCUAGUCUCGCCUAUCAAGUUACCCAUCUCUCCCUCGCCAACAACGCCCUGACUGAAUUAGCCCGCAGCGAUCUCGUCGUUACCAACGUCGCCGGGGGAUCCCCCUUUUUAUAUGCCCUGCAAAGUCUUGACCUCCACGGCAAUCAACUCGACUUUAUUGCCAACCAAACCUUCACGCCCUCCUACAGCCGCCUCACUGCGCUCGACCUGAGCCAGAAUCAGCUGACACGCUUGGAAGGCGCCGUUUUUCAACGCCUCUCGGCUCUCAACGUCCUCAAGCUCAAUCAAAAUGACAUUACCUCCAUUGGUGCCACCGUCUUUGCCGACCUUACCGCCCUUCGCGAACUCGAUCUCUCCGACAAUGCCAUCACCUACAUUCAUCCCGAUGCCUUUGCAGCCCUCACCAACCUUGAAACACUUACUCUGAGCCUGAACCUCCUUACCGCCCUACCCGAUGGCCUCUUUGCGGCCUGCACCUCCCUCACCGAACUAGGCCUUGCUGUUAACAACAUCAGCAACAUUCCCGAGAACGUCUUUCCCGACGUGCAGUUUACACUUCGCAUGGGUGGCAACCCAUCUGAAUGCUCCAUGAGCGGCAGCACGCCUGUCUGCACCUGCCGACCUGGGUUUGGUGGUGACAACAACGUUCAAACCAACGUUGCUUAUUGCUCGCCUGUCAACUGUGGUGAUACUAUUACCAACAUCUCGCACGUCAAUGCCACCGCCGAUUGCAGCGCUGAUCCUUACUUUGAAGGUGCCUCUUGCAUCGCAACAUGCCUCCCGGGCUACUAUGGUAUCCCUGCCAACUCUGUGCCCUUCACCUGCGGGACGGGCAGCACUUGGGAGGGCGAAAUUGUGUGCAAACCCCGUGAUUGUGGCACCACCAUCCCCAAUCAAGCACCCAAUUCAGACGUUGUCUUUACGGGUUCAACCCUCUAUGGUGGUGGUCGUGCCACGGCCACCUGCCGCGCUGGCUUUGAGGGUGGCGGUGAAGUUUAUACCUGUGGUACCGCCGGUGUUUGGACCCCCGAAGUCUCGCUCCGCUGCAGCCGUGUUUCUUGUGGCUCCAACAUUGCCUCCCUCGACACCAACAAAGUUCGCAAUGUCAUUUGCGUUGACAAUCUCUACGGCGACCAGUGCGAAGUGACCUGCCGCACUGGCUACGUCGGCCAAUCAGCCAACUACACCUGCAGUGCCGAUGGCGUCUGGCGUGGCUCCAUCUCCUGCUAUGGUCAGCAGUGCGGUCGUACCAUCCCCGAAAGCGCCGUCGAUGCAACCUCACAGUGUGCGGGCGAUUCUUCCUUUGGCGGGGACAAUUGCUAUCUUGGCUGCGCCUUGGGCUAUGAGGGUGAUCCCAUCGAGUAUCGCUGCUCUUCCUCUGGCACCUGGACCUCUCUCUCAGCCACCACCCUUCCCACGUGCUCGCGCAUUACUUGUCCCACCACCAUUGAUGGUGUCUCCGAACUCAGGCGUCAAAACACUUGCUCGAGCAGCAGCUACGGUGAUACCUGCAUCUCCUACUGUCAAACCGGUUAUGCUGGCGCACCCGUUCACUUUUCCUGCAGUGCUCUCGGUGCCUGGACUGGCGAUCGCACCCAGGCUUGCACCUUGAAAAACUGCUCGGCCCUUGAUGUGUCCGUUCUCACGCGGGACUCUUUCGCUGCGAGUGACAACUGCCUCAACGGCACCUACGGUGACACCUGCGACGUGUAUUGUCUUGAAGGCUUAUUCAUCUCCAAAACACGCAUUAUUGUAGCUAUGUCGGCACAGAUGUGCAAUAUACCUGCAGCAACAACAGCCGCUGGGAAGGCACCGUCAACUGCCAACGUUGGCGUCUACGACGAGGAGGGAGCCAAGAGCAUCAGUAUCACUGGGUGCAGCACUACCUAUGGUUCUCGUUGCCGCCCUGUUUGCCGAACUGGCACCGUUGCGGCAGUGGGCAAUGACGACGUUAUCACCUGCGGCGCUGACGGUAACUGGCGAGGCAUCUUCCGGUGUGAAGGCCAAGUGGCGGCCAGCAGCUCAGAUCUUUCCACUGGCCAGGCUGCCGGCAUUGCCGUCGGCAUUGUCGUUCUGCUUGGCCUGGCAGCCCUCGUGGUUGUGCUCCUUCUGAUGCGCCGCCGUGACAGCAAACAGCUGGAAGCUCACAAGAAGAAUGAGUUUGAGAUGAAGCUGAACAAGUCUGCACCCGGUGACAGUACAAUGACGAGAAACCCGAUGCUGGCAAAUCCUGCCCGGUCGAGCCGUCAAGGUGGCACAAUCUACGAUGUGACCCCGGCCCGGCCACCCAAAAAGCCCACGUAA